AUGGUUCAAAUAGAAAUUCCUAAGGGUGAAAAUUAUGGAGCAGAAUGGGAAAGAAGAAAGUAUGUUCCCAAGGAGGGUGAACCUGAAUUACCGCCCCAGAUAUCCCAAUUUGCCAACAAGGGUGCCGAUGAGGUAAUGCAAGAGCUCAACCGUUUGCCAUUUUUCAUGACAAAAUUGGAUGAAACUGAUGGGGAGGGAGGAGAAAACACCGAACUAGAAGCAUUAAAGUCGUUAGCAUACGAGGGAGAGCCAGAUGAGAUUGCCACAAACUUCAAAAAUCAAGGAAACGACUGUUUUAAAGCAAGGCAAUACAAGAAUGCAUUGAUUUACUACACCAAGGGAUUGGAGGUGGAUUGUGGAGUAGACGAUUUGAACAAAGCAUUGUAUUUGAACCGAGCUGUGUGUAAUCUCGAGCUACGGAAUUACCGUAGAUGCAUUGAGGAUUGUAAAAAGGUUCUUCUUAUUGACGAAAAGAAUGUGAAAGCAUGCUUCCGAUCAGGUAAAGCAUUUUUAGCAAUUGAUAGGCUUGAUGAAGCGAAGCAAAUACUUGACUACGGGUUGAGUUUUGGUGAGAAUGCUGACUUGAAGGGCUUGUUAGAUAAAAUCGAGAAGAAGAUUGCAGAAAUCGAGGAGAUUAAAUUAAAGAAGGAACGUCAGUUGAAGGAGCAGCAAAUAAAGCAGGACAUUUUAAUCAAUUCUAUGAAAUUGAGACACAUUGAAGUUGUAAAAAGCAUCAACCCUCCGGAGAUCAUAAAGGAGGCAAAGAUUAGACUUGAGGAUCCUAUGGAUUAUCAAUCACAGUUAAUCUUUCCUGCUCUUAUAUUGUACCCCACGAUAGAUGAGUUUGAUUUUAUCGCCGAGGUGAGUGAACUAAGCACACCUUUGGAGAUAUUGGAGUUGAUACUUAAUAGACCAAAAGAAUGGUUUGAUGAAAAGCACAAAGGGUUCAAUGUGAAAACUCUAGUUUGCUUUAUGGAAACAGUAAGUGGUGGCUUGGUGAAAAUAGGCAAAAAGAUAGAGAUAAAUCAAGCUUUGAUGAAGGAUAGCCCCAAAGUACCACUCUUUGAUGAUGCCUUGAAGUUGUUUGUGGUACCUAAAUCAGAAGCAGAUAAAUGGUCAUCACAAUGGAACAAACCAGCUGCUCUACAAGCAAGGAAAGAAGUCUAA